CUUACUUGGAGCUUGGAGCUUGAAUUUUUAAGUGCUGGUGGUGAUAGAGAAUAUCUGACCACCUCCUCUCUCUGAUUGGUCUCUCUCUCUCUCUCUCUCUCUCUCUCUCUCUCUCUCUCUCUCUCUCUCUCUCUCUCUCUCUCUUGCCACACUCUCCUUUCUCUCUCUUCUCCUUCUAAGCAUGUCAGAGUGUCUCUGCUUGCUCGCAGAGUUCGACAGAGGACAAAACACAGACAGGGAGUUAGACGAAGGAAAGAGGGUUGGAAAGAGUUCUCUUUCUCAUGGUGUCUCCUUCUGGGCUGUUCAACUGAAUCAGAAGAAGGACUGGGGCUUUGCUUUCUGUAAGCAUUCAUACUUGGGACCAUUGUUGAAAGAAUGAGGUCCAGAAGCAGUGGGAUGGAGGCUCCUGACAGCGGACGCCUUCAAGUCAAACCGCCCAGCAAAGUCUACCAAAAAGACAAGGAGGAAGUAGACAGCAUUGAGGAUAUGAUUAAGAAAAGUCCUGCUGUGGUGGAGAUGGAGAAGGAAGAGAAAGUAGAAGAAGGUCCUGUACGUGCGAUAGUGCAGACAUCGCAGAAUCCUGCAGAGGAAAAGUGCAGGAAGAAAGCAGGACUGAUGCAGCUUUCUAAAGAGGAGCUGCUUCACCUGCUCGGCAUCAUGGAGGGAGAAGUGCAGGCUCGUGAGGACAUUAUUCACAUGCUGAAGACAGAAAGGACGCAGCCAGAGUCCCUGGAGGCUAAGUAUGGAUCGGCAGCCCCUGUCUCGCCUUUGCAGGCCUUACAGAGAGACAACAUGCUCAUCUCUAACAGGACACAUGAGGAAGACGUCUACGAGCUCCCCAUGAUUGAGCUGGACCGUUUGGAGCAGAAGCACAGAGAGACGUACAGACGGAUGCUGGAGCAGCUCCUGCUGGCUGAGAAGUUCCACCGUCGUACAGUUAAUGAGCUGGAAUGUGAGAAGCGCAAACACAUCGACUUCAUGAACAAGAGCGACGACUUUACUAACCUGCUGGAGCAUGAGCGUGAGAGACUAAAGAAACUGUUGGAGCAAGAGAAGGCAUACCAAACACGUAAAGACAAGGAUCAUAGCAAGCAACUAGAAAAAGUAAGAGAUGAGCUGGUGAAGCUGAAGUCCUUCGCUCUGAUGCUGGUGGAUGAGAGGCAGCUCCACGUUGACCAGAUUGAUCAGCAAAGCCAAAAGAUCAUGGACCUCGGCAAAAAGCUGCAAGAGAGAGAUCAAGAUCUGGAAAGUGUCACCAGCAAAUACAAAGAGGACAGUCAGAAAAUUCAAAAGUUAGAAGUGGAGUUAGAGCAUAAAGCUGCGAAGUUCUCACAGGAAAACGAGGACAUGACAAACAAGCUCUCCAGCCAGGAGUCCCAAAACCGACAGCUACGCAUAAAGCUGGCUGGUCUGUCUCGGAGAAUUGAGGAGCUAGAGGAAAGUAACAAAGCGCUUCAGAAAUCUGAAGAGGAUUUGCAAGAGUUAAGGGACAAAAUCAGCAGGGGAGAAUGUGGAAACUCAAGCCUCAUGGCUGAGCUUGAAACACUUCGUAAGAGAGUGUUGGAGAUGGAGGGAAAAGAUGAGGAGAUCACAAAAGCUGAAGCACAGUGCAAGGACCUGAGAAGGAAGCUUCAAGACGAGGAGAAUCACAGUCGUGAGCUGAAGCAUGAAAUCGAAAAGCUACAGAAAAGGAUGGCAGACUUGGAGAAACUUGAGGGUACUUUUAACGCAAGCAAAUCAGAAUGUAAGAAUCUUCAUGCAAGCCUUGAACGAGAAAGGAACUUGACAAAGAAUUUAUGCAAGGAACUGGAAACUGUUAAAAAACAUGUUAAAGAGCUUCAGUGUGCCGAGUCGAGGCUUGAAAAGGCAGAAAGCAGCUUAAAAGAUGAUCUGACAAAACUGAAGUCAUUUACUGUAAUAUUAGUGGAUGAGAGGAAGAACAUGGCAGAAAGAAUUAAGCAAGAGGAGCAAAAAAGCGGAGACAUGAGCAAGCUGUUUAAGGCUGAGCAAGGCAAGGUCAUGGAAAUUACAGAGAAGCUGAUAGAAGAGAGCAAAAAGCUUUUGAAACUGAAGUCAGAGAUGGAAACGAAAGUGUCAGCUCUCACAAAGGAAAAAAAUGAUUUAAGGACUAGACUUGCAUGUGAAGAAGAGAAACAAAAUGAUCUCAAUGCAAAGGUCAACCUAAUGCAAAAGAGAGUGGAUUAUUUGGAGGAGGCCGAAAGAAAAGCCAGAAACAGAGCCGAUGUAGACAAGGCAAGAUAUGCUGAUGAAGACAAUAAGGUUAAGGAGUUAACAGAGGAGAUUGAUAGGCUAAAGAACCGCUUGAAGCAGCUAGAGGUUGUGGAGGGUGAUUUGAUGAAGACAGAGGAUGAAUAUGACAUGCUUGAAAAGAAGUUUAGAACAGAGCAGGAUAAGGCCAAUGUCCUUUCUCAGCUUCUAGAGGAAAUGAAGUCACAGAUUGCCAGGAACAAGGCCAUCGAAAAGGGGGAGGCUGUGAGCCAAGAAGCUGAAUUAAGAUUGAGGUGCAAGAUGGAAGAGGCCAAAACCAGAGAUUUGCAGGCAGAUGUCCGGGCUCUUAAGGAGAAGAUUCAUGAGCUGAUGAACAAAGAGGAUCAAUUAUCUCAACUUCAGGUCGACUACACGGUUCUACAGCAGAGGCUCAUUGAAGAGCAGGACAAAAAGAAAAGUAUGAGCCAACAGAUCCUAAACCUCACCAAAGAUUUAGAGGUGACUAAGCGAUACAGCAGAGCACUACGCCCUAGCAUGAAUGGAAGGAGGAUAGUAGAUGUUCCUCUCACUUCAACAGCCGUUCAGACAGAUGCACAUGCCAACGACGCUCUUGAAGAAGAGACCCCAGCGGUAUUCAUAAGGAAAUCUGUUCUGGAAGAAAAUCAUGUGAUGAGCAAUUUGAGGCAGAAAGGCCUGAAAAAGCCAGCAGUUCUAGACCGUUAUCCACCUGCAUCUACAGAACUAGGUAUAAAAAAAUCAUUGAUCCCUUGGAUAAAGAAGAAAGAAGCAAGUGCUGACACACAGGAUGGCUUAGACAAGUUGACUUAUAACGUUAAUGGAGAUGCGUCACCUCAAGCACCAGACUUAAGUAUGACACAACGACCAGGCCGGCCACUGCACAUAAGGGUAACUCCGGAUCAUCAAAACAGCACUGCCACAUUGGAGAUCACCAGUCCUCGUGCUGAGGACUUCUUUUCAAGCACCACAAUCAUCCCCACUUUAGGGCUGCAAAAGCCACGGAUAACUAUAGUUCCUAAAUCCACUACUGUGUCACCAAAGGGCAGCUAUGAUGUAAUGGACAGGACCAAGUCUCCAGUGACCAUUACGACCAUUUCUAGAGCCAAGUCACCAGAGGGUAGCAAGAUCUCCUAUCCUGACUCUCCAAGUUCUCCUGUCUCAGUCAUUACAGUUAGCACAAGUCCAGUAUUACAGGCGCCUAUCUCUCCAGAACCUCAGGAAACCUCAAGCAUCGGUCGAGCUGUGUUCAAGGUGACUCCAGAGAAGCAGACAGUGCCAACACCGGUCCGCAAAUACAACUCCAACACCAACAUUAUAACAACAGAAGACAACAAAAUCCAUAUUCAUCUAGGGAGUCAGUACAAGAGGCCUCAGGACUCUGGAAGCAGCCCUAUGCUCACAGUAAGGCCUAUGAGUGUAUGCCCAGAGAACAAGGAGACGCCUGCUACAGGGACUGUCCUGCGUUCCCCCCGACAGUCUUCCUCCACUUCGAUAGGGAAAAGCACUCCUGGCAAGAUGACAAGUAGCAUCACCAUUACUCCCAUCACGUCUGCUCCUUCAAGGCCAACCCAGUCUGUGUUGCUUCUGAAUUGUUUCAAAAUGAUAUCAGGGGGUGUCUGCUCCCUAGAUAGAUCUCUGUCCAGUCCGGGACGGAUGUGCAGUCAACUCGGUCUUGCUCAGCAACACGAAUCCCUAUGUCAAAAGAAAAUGUUGUGCUCCGCUUGACUUUGGAGCCUCGUUGAGACUCAGGUGUAGCACUAAGGAUAAGCAUAUCUACAACUCAGACUGUAUUCCUGUAUGCUCCUCAAAGAGCAUGUGGAUCAGCACCACCCUCAACUUUACUCCUGGAACCAAUUUCUAGGAAUCUGGAGCACACAAGUGUCUUUUGUUACUGCUGUUUUUUUUUUUUUUUUUAAUAUAGUGUGAUUCAGUGAUGGACAUUUUGCAGAGAAAAAAAGGAAGUUGUGGGAUACAUGAUAAAUGAAUGCAUGCCAAUUGGAUAGAACUGGAUUGAAAACAUGAAAUCUGGAAAUAUGACUGACAUUUAAAAGAUGAAAGGUGAAAGUGAUUUUGAUUCCAUUUGUUUUCAUUAUUUUUGAAGACCUGGUAUUUGUAUGUAUAUGCAGUUAUGAAGGUAUUGCUGUGGAAAUAUAUGUAUAUUCGAACACUGUCAUUACGGAGCUACUGUUUUAAUGGAGUGAGUUUUAAAUUAAAAUAUGGAUGCCAAACAAAGUUGGUCAGUGGAACUUAAUUAGUUUUAAUAACACAUGGUACAAACAGUCCAGUCCAGGUUUUCUUUCUAAAACAGAAAUUGCUGACAUUAUGGAUAUACAUAAUGCUAUAGUAUUAAUUACCUUGUACAUAGUAUGAUUACUGAACAGGAAUCAGGUAAACUGGGAUAUGUUAUAACAAGCCUGAAAUGUUGACCACAUUAAUAAACGUUAAAGAACUAACACGA